AUGGUUCACUCAUAUUCUCUCGUUAUCAUGCUCGCAGUAGCUAUGCUGGGCGAAGCUGCGGUAUUGUCGACACCAGCUCACGGAACGAUUUCGAGCUCCCUACUAUCCAGACAGAAUAAGGGAGGUAAUGGCGGCGGUGCCUGUCUGAACAAGAACCUCAUUCAAUCAAACAGCGACAAGACUGGCCAGGAACCCGGAACGGACGGCAUCAAGCCGGGCCAGGCGAAAUCUGUAACUGACCCCGACAACUUUAUCAACUUCUGCCAGGGCAAGACCAUCACCAAUGGCGCUCAAAUCACGGCGGGAUCAUGCAACGGCAUCCCGAUGGGCGACAUACCUGCCCUCAAGAACAUGGUGUCGGCCAUGAUCACCAACCCGCAGCCAGGCGAAAAGGUACAGGCAGGUCAGACGUUCAAUAUCUCAGUACAAACGUCAAACCUCAAAGCUGGAAAUUUUGUGAACCCUACCACAAACUACUACACAUCGCCUCAGGCCCUUGAUGACCAAGGAAAAAUCAUCGGCCAUUGCCACGUUACAGUGCAAGAUAUUGGAAGCCUCAAGUCAACUACUCCACCUGACCCUACCAAGUUCGCCUUCUUCAAGGGUAUCGACGAUGCCGGCAAUGGUAAAGGCCUUCUGCAGGCUACGGUUACCGGCGGUCUCCCUGCUGGCACCUACCGCGUCUGCACCAUGAUUGCCGCCCAGAACCAUCAGCCUGUGGCUAUGCCUGUGGCGCAACGCGGUGCUCAGGACGACUGUACAAAGUUCGAGGUCGUAGGCAACGGCAACAACAACGGAGCCAAUGGCAACAAAAACGGAGCCAAUGGGGCUAAGGACAACAAUGCAAACAAGGGAGACCAGGCAAAGGCAGGCAAGGGUAGCAAGAAGGGUGGUGGCAAGACUGGUGGUGCCAAAAAAGGCGGCUCCAAGAACUAA